AUCAGACGCGAAUAUGGCUGCUACGACGAGGUUUUCUUUUCAAAUUACAACCUUAACAAACGUCAGUGCAAUUGGAUAAGAUUCCUCCGGAUAGUUCAGUCUUACGAUGACCAAGUAAAUCUAAUUGGUACAAAAAUAAAAGGGGACCCAAUCUUCGAAGUGAUAAGAGACGUCCAGCCUGAUACAGAAUUGGUAGCUUGGUUUCUGCCCACGAUGGAACAAGAUUUCGUCUUUAUAUCCCACGACAUGUGCCCGAGGUUGGCUAUUUACAGAUGUACGAUCGACUCCAUUCUACACGAAUCUCCACUAGACUUAUCCAUGGCGCUACUCUCCCACAACACAACAUCCGUGAUUUCGCGUCAGUAUUACGACAUCGACGAGUACGAGUCGACGUCGGAAGAGUCUUCGUCGUCCACGCUCUCCUUGACGGGGGAUUAUUUGGAUUGCAGCAUUUUGACGACGAUCAAAAGAGGGGAGAGGGUUCUGUUACCGUGCGAGGUCUGUGGAAAAUCUUUCGAUCGUCCCUCUCUUCUCAAGAGACACAUGAGGACACACACAGGCGAGAAGCCGCACGUUUGUAUGGUGUGCAACAAGGGAUUCUCGACGUCAAGCUCGUUGAACACGCAUAAACGAAUUCACAGCGGCGAGAAACCCCAUCAGUGCCUUGUUUGCGGUAAAAAGUUCACGGCCUCAUCUAAUCUCUAUUAUCAUCGCAUGACACAUAUCAAAGAGAAGCCACACAAGUGUUCCCAGUGCUCGAAAUCCUUUCCAACGCCUGGAGAUCUCAAGAGCCACAUGUAUGUUCACAACGGACUAUGGCCAUUUCGGUGCCACAUAUGUAGCCGCGGCUUCAGCAAGCCAACCAAUCUCAAGAACCACAUGCUGCUUCACCUUGGUCGAUGUUCCAACAAAAAGAUCGUUAAGUCAGUUUCUGACUACUAACAGAUUAACUCAUUGAU